GAGUUUUGAGUUGACGUUUCUUUUGACGUUUUGAAGAUAUUUAAGGAAAUAUAGGUUUUCUUGUGAAAGGAGUUGAAUAUUUUUCUGGGACUUGUGUAAAAUAAGAAUGUCCGUAGAUUACUUACAAGUAGCUGAAGAUGAAGGGGAAGAACCGAUAGAGUUACCAUUGGAAGAUGAUGGAACCCUCCUUCUUAGUACCUUAUCAGCGCAGUUUCCCGGUUCCUCUGGUUUAAAAUUUCGAAACCCUGACACCAAAGCAAUUCGCGGAGUAAGAUUAAGUGAAGGUCGCUUGCAUCCCCCACAUGAAGAUGGUUGGGGCACUCAAAUUUUCUACUGUGUUUUUCCAAAAGAAAAUAAAAGAAAAUCUGAUGAUAACUUAGAAAACUCAACUGCUAAGACCAAAAGAAUGGAAACAAAACUGAGAUGUACAGACUUGAUCGUUUUGGGAUUGCCUUGGAAGACAACUGAACAAAAUCUUAGAGAAUAUUUUGAAACAUUUGGUGAAGUUUUAAUGGCUCAGGUAAAAAAGGAUACAAAAACUGGACAGUCAAAAGGUUUUGGAUUUAUUAGGUUUGGCUCUUAUGAGUCUCAAAUGAGAGUAUUAGCACAGAGACACAUGAUUGAUGGUAGAUGGUGUGAUGUUAAAGUUCCCAAUUCAAAGGAAGGAUUGAUUCAGCAAGUGCCCUGCAAGGUCUUUGUUGGAAGAUGUACAGAAGAUAUGACCUCUGAUGACUUGAAAGAAUAUUUCAGUAAAUUUGGUGAAGUCACAGAUGUAUUUAUACCAAGACCAUUCAGGGCAUUUAGUUUUGUUACAUUUUUGGACCCAGAAGUUGCACAGAGUCUUUGUGGGGAAGACCAUAUUAUCAAAGGAGUAUCAGUUCAUGUAUCAAAUGCUGCACCAAAAUCUGAAAAUAGGCCAUCAGGUUAUGGAACUAAUGGACCUAGGGGAGUACCUCAUGGAAAUAAUAGAGAUAUGCGGGGCCCAGAGGGACCUAAUAUGUAUCAGCAGAAUAGAUAUAACAAUCCAAAUGCUGGUCCAAAUCAAGGCAAUUGGGGCAACCAGGGUGGUGGUCCAAGGACAAAUAUUGAUAUGCCAAAUCUACAAGCAUUAGGAAUCAAUGGACAAGGUCAGGGAAGCAAUUCUCAAAACGUAAAUCCACUUGGUUUAGGUUUGAAUUUGGGUUUGCCUAUGAAUCCUGCUCUUGUUGCAGCUGCCUUGAAUCAAGCAGGCUGGGGACUUAUAGGUAAUCUACAAAAUCAAGAGCCUAAUUUCAAUCAAGGUUUCAACAGUGGACCAAAUAAUUCGAGUGGGGGCAAUCAAGGAGGUAAUCCGAAUCAAGGUCCUAAUAAUCAGAAUCCAGGUUUUCUGAAUUGGAUGAGCCAAGGACCCGGAGGUCAACAGAAUCAGGAUGGUCCUCAGUGGUCGAGGAAUUCAAAUCAGCCUCCGUCUGACAAGGCAUUCCUCAAGUACGAGAGACGCAACUGGUGACUGAUGCAACAGCUGUUAGUAUUUCAUUCUGACGAAAUUUUCCCUGGCUACACUUUGUAGACCCACCCAGUUUGGAAUUUGUUGAAAUUAAAUACUUUUUGUUUUUAAAAACUAAGAUUAGCCGCAGUACCUCUUUAAGAUCCUAGAAACCAGUAAUGGUAAUGUUGAAUUUUGAUUAAAUCUCGUUUUGGAGAUUCGAAACAGGGUAUUUAUAAUUGAAAGUGGAUUGCUUCAGGAACUGUAGAAUUAUUUUCUCAACUAUAAGUUUGAAUAACCUUGACAAUGAAACACAUUUUUUUUAAUUCUUUUCAUCCAGGAUUAGAAAUCAUAUGAACCAAAAAAUCGUGAUUUUUCUUUAUAGAUAUACUGUUUCUAUUCCUGAAUAAUUUUUUAAAUCAUUUUUAAAGAAGUUCAAUUCAGUUCUUGAUGAAUUAGAUUCAUUUAUAGAGGAAGGAAAAUGUUUCAUUUCAGUUCCUAAAGUUCCUGCAAUACUUGAAUACCUUGUAACUGACAGAUUUUUUUCUGGUGAAUAUAAUGCUAAUCUCAACAUUUGAGAAAAUGAACUUGUUUCACCUUUUAGAAGUGGAAUUGUCAGGAGAGAGUGAUGAUGUAAAUUCACUGGUAUAAAUGAUGGUGGUAAUUGUUCUAUGGAUCUUGUCUUCAUGUGGAAAGAGAGUUGUUAUUUUUAAUUAUAGUGUGUACUGGCAAGCGGACUCAAUAGAGAAUUAUGUGUAAGCACAUAUUCAUAUUAUAAUGAAAAGUUGAACUUAAUGUGUUAGAGCUUUUGUGAAAAUGAUUUUGAAAUAAAUCUGAUCAAAUGUAAUUGAUAUAUGGUAUGUGAAUUGUAUGAGAGGUAAUAUAAUGUGUGUUGUGAA